CGGGUUUCGUGACGCUAAGUUGGAUGUGAGUUACGAGCACAGCCGCAUGGGUAGAGUUACUUACGACUGACAUAGUGGUUAGUGAAGUCAAGCGUGAACGCAGCGGCUCAAAAAAAAGCCUGAGCUAAACAGUAUUCCAGUGUAAAAGCAUCAAAAGAGGCCAUCAUGACUGACAGGAAGGCAGUAAUAAAGAACGCUGAUAUGUCUGAGGACAUGCAGCAGGAUGCAGUGGAUUGUGCCACACAGGCCAUGGAGAAGUACAAUAUUGAGAAAGACAUUGCUGCAUAUAUCAAAAAGGAGUUUGAUAAGAAGUAUAAUCCAACAUGGCAUUGUAUUGUGGGACGGAACUUUGGCAGUUACGUGACGCAUGAAACCAAGCAUUUCAUCUACUUUUACUUGGGUCAAGUAGCCAUUCUACUCUUCAAAUCGGGCUGAGAGGAAAACUGUUGUUUGUGAAGUUGGACAUCAACUCCAAACCUGGACUGUGACGCUCUGAUGGCUUGAGCCACACUCGGAUUACAUGCACACAGACACACACACACACACACACGUGCGCUUUCAUACUCUUUCGCAUACACACUCAAGAAUUUAGCUAUAGAGGCUAUGCAUAAAUGCAUGGACCGUGUAUAUUUAAUUUGUAUAUGUUGCAAUACAGUAACCUUUUUUGCUUUCUGUAGUUGCACGAGAUGACGCAACAAGAUGAUUUUUGUUUGUUUUUUCCAAGUCCAAAUUUGUUUUGCACUGAAGUUGUACAAAAUGCUUUGACCGCUGCCUUUAAAGUAUAUUAAAAAUUGAUAUGUCAUACAUA